AUGUCCGUCGUCUCGCUUCUCGGGGUUAAAAUCCUCAAUAACCCAGCCACGUUCACGGCUUCUUACCAAUUUGAGAUCACUUUCGAGUGUCUCGAGCAGCUGCAAAAAGAUCUCGAAUGGAAAUUGACCUAUGUCGGAUCCGCCACUUCUUCCGAAUAUGAUCAGGAACUUGACUCCCUGCUGGUCGGCCCCAUCCCGGUUGGCGUGAAUAAGUUCAUCUUUGAGGCUGAUGCGCCCGACCUUCAGCGCAUUCCUUCCUCUGAGAUUCUGGGUGUCACUGUCAUUCUUCUCACCUGCAGUUAUGAUGGUCGCGAAUUCGUCCGUGUGGGUUACUAUGUUAACAACGAGUAUGACUCGGAGGAGCUGGCCGCGGAUCCCCCGGCCAAGCCCAUCAUUGAACGCAUUCGCCGCAAUGUCCUCGCCGAGAAGCCCCGCGUAACUCGCUUUGCUAUCAAAUGGUACGUUUGUAUCUUGAGGGUUUCGCUGCCUGUCUUCCUGUUGCUAACACUGUGUUUCAAGGGAUUCGGAGGAGUCUGCACCCGCCGAGUACCCCCUGACCAGCCUGAGGCCGAUGGCUUGGAUGAUGACAGUGGAGCCUACGGUGCUGAAGAGGCCGAACUGGAGGCCGCCCUCGUUAAGGAACUCGAGGAUGCCAACAAGGAGGGCGAAGGUGAGGACCAGGAGAUGGAAGGUGGCGAGGCGACCGCUGGCAAUGAGGAAGAUGAUGACGCCUCCGAUGCUGGCAGCGAGGAUCUCGAAGAGGAGAGUGACGACGACGACGAUGAACUGGAUGAGGAUGAGGCUGGUGAUGAGGAUGUGGAAAUGGGUGAUGAUUCGGAGCAGAAGGAUGAGUCCAGCAAGCCUGCCCACCAGGCCCAGCCCGAAGUCAUGGUCCACUAA